UCUUGGCUCCCGAGAGAAACUUUCCCUCUGACGGAAGUAAAACGCGCAUCGAGCGCCACCGCCACCUAUAAUUAUCUUGCUCUCCCCUUUUUAUUCCCUGGCCUGAACGCUCCGUCAUCCUGAAUCCAGCAGAGCUUUCGUUGCUUUACCCUGUUUGUUUUCGUUGUUCGAUCAUCUCCGCCGAAUCUCCGUUCGAAUCAGGUCCUGAUUUCCCCUAGGGCGUGAAAUACUUAUCAUUAUGGCGGCCUUGAAAGACCUUCUUCCCCCAGCGAAAUCAACAUCAACCUCAUUUUAUGACCACAGUAGUGAUCCAUGGUUCAAGCAGAGAUUUAGCACAUCGGAGGCUGAGAAAUCCACGGUAAUUCAGCAUAAGCCUGUCCCUCCAUAUUUAAAGCGUGCAGGUUUUGUUCCUAGAAAGGUAGAGGAUUUUGGGGAUGGGGGAGCAUUUCCUGAGAUCCACAUUGCACAGUACCCCCUUGACAUGGGGAGGGAUAAAUCAUCAAAACCGGGGUCAAAGAUUCUUCCUGUGACAGUUGAUGCCCAUGGGAAUGUAGCAUACGAUGCAAUAGUCAAGCAGAAUGAAAAUGCUAAAAAAAUUGUAUAUUCACAACAGAAAGACCUGGUACCAAAAUUCUUGAAGAAUGAUGAAGAAGAUGAUAUGGAUGAUGAGGAGAAGGAAAAGGAGAUUGAAGAAACGACACAGGAAACGAAAGCUGCACUUGAGAAGAUAGUUAAUGUGAGAUUGAGUGCUGCACAGCCAAAGAAUGUGCCCAAACAGUCAUCUGACGCAAAGUUUAUCAAGUAUAAGCCUUCGCAACAAUCUGGAGCAUUCAAUUCUGGGGCAAAGGAAAGGAUUAUUAGGAUGGUUGAGAUGCCUGUGGAUCCACUUGAACCUCCCAAGUUUAAGCAUAAGCGAGUUCCAAAAGCUUCUGGCUCUCCCCCUGUGCCAGUGAUGCAUUCACCUCCUAGGCCUGUCACUGUGAAAGAUCAGCAAGAUUGGAAGAUACCCCCUUGUAUUUCAAAUUGGAAGAAUCCUAAAGGUUACACAAUUCCUCUUGACAAGCGUCUUGCGGCUGAUGGGAGAGGCCUUCAAGAUGUUCAGAUUAAUGAUAAUUUUGCAAAGCUUUCAGAAGCAUUGUAUGUUGCAGAGCAGAAGGCUAGAGAAGCAGUUGCUAUGAGGUCCAAGGUUCAGAAAGAGAUGCUUUUGAAGGAGAAGGAACGGAAAGAGCAGGAGCUGAGAGCUUUGGCUCAGAAAGCACGCUCAGAGAGAACUGGUGUGGCACCUCCAGCUGCUGUUGCCAUUCCUUCUGAAAAGAGCAGCAUGGAAGAUGCUGAUAUGAGAGUUGAUUAUGAGCAUUCACGGGAAAGGGAGAAGAGUUACCCCAAGGAGACAAGGGAGGAAAGGGAGGAACGACUGCAACGGGAAAAAAUUCGUGAGGAACGACGACGAGAGAGAGAAAGAGAGAGAAGAUUAGAGGCUAAGGAUGCAGCAAUGGGGAAGAAAAGCAAGAUUACAAGAGAUAGGGAUCGUGAUAUUAGUGAGAAAGUUGCUCUUGGCAUGGCUUCUACGAAGGCAGGGACAGAAGUUAUGUAUGAUGAAAGGCUAUUCAACCAGGAUAAAGGAAUAUCUUCUGGGUUUGCCACUGAUGAUCAGUAUAAUGUUUAUGAGUCUGGCUUGUUUACUGCUCAGCCAACACUCUCAACCUUGUACAGGCCGAAGAAAGAUGUGGAUUCUGAUGCUUAUGGAGGUGCGGAUGAGCAACUGGAGAAGAUUAUGAAGACUGAUCGCUUUAAACCUGAUAAAGGAUUUGCCGGUACUUCUGAAAGGACAGGUCCAAGGGAUAGGCCGGUUGAAUUUGAAAAUGAAGAAGCUGAUCCAUUUGGUCUGGAUCAGUUCUUGACAGAAGUGAAGAAGGGUAAGAAAGCCAUGGAAAAAGUGGGUAGUGGAGGAACUAUGAGAGCAAGUGGCGGUUCUUCAAUGCGUGAUGGUCAUGAGGGAGGUUCUGGUAGGACUCGUAUUGGAUUUGAAAGAGGGCAUUGAUUGGUCUGUUGCUAUUCAUUUCACAGUUCUCUCUUCUCAUGCAAACUUUGUCUCCAGAGGUUUCCAUCAUGGUGGCUUAUUGGAUGAAAACCGGUUGUGGAUGGAUAUCCUAUAAGCUGUUUACAACUCAGCUUUGUGUUUGACGCCUUCUAGUAAUCGAAAUGAACUAGCCUUUUUGUAUCUUGUUUGUAAACUACUUGACUGCUACAGCAGAGGACUUAAUUUACUGCCCGCUUAGAACGAAUGGAAUGAGUCUUGUUAUUUUAUUUCCCUGGAAUCAUGUUUUUAAAUGUUGUCCUUGUGUUUUUUGUAUGCUGCUGGAGUGGUGGGUCUUGGAGAAUUGGAAGUUUUAAA